GCCACCUGUCAGUGUCCAUCAGUGCCAGUUCUCAGUGCUCAUCCAUGCCACUUGCCAGUGCCCAUCAGUGCCACAUUUCAGUGCCCAUUAGUGCCACAUAAGUGCCACAUUUCAGUGCCACAUCAAUGCCACAUAUCAGUGCCCAUCUGAGCUGCCUUUCAGUGUCACCCAUCAGUGCCAGUCAGUGCCACCUAUCAAUGCUGCCAAUCAGUGCCACCUACCAGUGCCACCCAUCAGUGCCACCUAUCAGUGUCCAUCAGUGCAGCCUAUCAGUGCCCAUCACUACAGCUUCAUUAGCGCACAUCAGUGAAGGAGAAAAAUCACCUAUUUACAAAAUUUGAUAA